CUCUUGUCGAGAGGCUCAAGUUGAAGAUAUCCACCCAGCUCCUGCCUGUCUGAGCGUAGAACCUUCCUAACUGGGCUAGUAUCUCCGCAGACCUGCAUAUCAUCGCUCAUCCAACACCGCAGCCAUGGAACGGGCAUGGCCGAUACCGCCGGGACCAUUGGUUGAUACAAAUUGCCAUCGCGAGUUGCUUAUAACAGCGCAUUCCCUUCAAUGUGAAUGUUGCCAAGCUUCCUUCCUGUCCUUCACUACAACAAGUCCCAUCACAGGCCAGUCAAGACCAAGGUCGUAACAUGGCGCCACCCAAGACACUUCUGCCUCUCCUCGCGGCUGUCCCCUAUGCUUCAGCUUGGGGAUCGCUUGGCCACACCGCGGUCGCAUACAUGGCGCAAAACCUCGUCUCUCACAAGACGGCCAAGUUUGCCCAGACUCUCUUGAACGAUACCUCGUCCGCAUACCUAGCCAACGUAGCAACCUGGGCCGACAGCUACCGCUAUGAGGCUGGAGGACAGUUCAGUUCCGUCUAUCACUACAUUGAUGCUCUCGACAACCCGCCUGAAAGCUGCAACAUCGACUUCGAGCGAGACUGUCCCGAAGAAGGCUGCAUUGUUUCUGCUAUUGCCAACUACUCCAGCCGCGCUUUCCAGAAGUCGGUCGGCAUCGUCGAGCAGCAGAAGGCACUCAAAUGGGUCGUUCACUUCGUUGGUGACAUUCACCAGCCCCUACAUGUAGAGAACAUCGCCGUGGGUGGCAACCUCAUCAACGUCACCUUCAACGGCGCGCGCACAAAUCUCCACUCCAUCUGGGACACAGCGAUUCCGCAAAAGGCAUACGGCAACUUCUCUCAGGCCAAUGCACUGGCUCUGGCCAACAAUCUCACCGCGGAAGUAAAGCAUGGCAAGUUCAAGAAAGAGAGCAAGACGUGGCUCAAGGGCUUGAAGGCGAAAGAUGCAGUAAGCAGCUCCAUGACCUGGGCGCGCGACUCCAACAAAUUCGUUUGCUCUACUGUCAUACCCGAUGGUCCUGAUGCAGUUUUCGCGCAAGAGCUAUCCGGAGCGUACUGGGAUACGGCAAUUCCAGUCGUCACCAAGCAACUUGCAAAGGCAGGAUACAGGCUUGCUGCUUGGCUCGAUGCGCUUGUUGAGCUCAAUGAGAAGAAGGGUCAUGGACAGUGGACACGGGAAGAGAAAAGGACUGUAAAACUACAGCCAUGGCAGGAAGAAGCGAGACAGGCCCGACGUGACUUUGGGCCCGACUGUGGAUGCGGUGAAGAGCAUGCGCACUGAGGGAUUUGAUAAGGUUGUGUGUUGGAACUGUAUAGUUGAAGCAUGUAGAGUAAAUGGCGAGAUAUUGCGACGAUGACAAUGAGACAUUUUGAUUCUG